UAUGGUCAGGGUUCUAUUGUUCGUCCUCCUCCUCUCCGUCCCUCUCGCCUCCGCCGAUCUCGCAGUCGGCUUCUACGACUCCUCUUGCCCUCAGGCUGAAUCUGUUGUGCGCGCUGUCGUGGCGAAACACUUCCAUGCCGACCACUCCAUCGCCGCCGCGUUCCUCCGCUUGUACUUCCACGAUUGCUUCGUUCGCGGUUGUGAUGCGUCCAUUCUGAUCGACGGUACCAACACUACGGACUCUGAGAAGUCCGCAUUUCCGAACAAAACCGUCCGCGGCUACGAGAUCAUCGACGAUAUCAAACAAAACCUCGAAAGCCAAUGCCCGUCCACCGUCUCCUGCGCGGAUGUCAUAGCACUGGCGACCCGCGACGUAGUUUCCCUAGCCCGCGGGCUACACUACGCGGUGCCCACCGGUCAGAGGGACGGGCUCGUGUCGAACCCUGCCAACGUCUCCCUGCCGGGACCGUCCUCUCCGAUGUCCGUCAUCCAACAAGCCUUCGGACCGAAGGGCUUCACCCUCGAGGAGACCGUCGUCCUCCUCGGGGCCCACACGGUCGGCAGCGUCCACUGCGCAUUCAUCCAACCCGACCCCUCGAUGGACGCGAGGUUGAAGCGGCGGCUGGCGAAGCUCUGCAGAGGCGGCGACAACACGACGACCGCGUUCUUGGACCAGGCGACGCCGUUCGUCGUGGACAACAGGUUCUACAAGCAGGUCAUGAGGAACAAAGGGGUGAUGGGGAUCGACCAGGAGCUCGGCUCGGACAAUUCGACGGCGCCAAUCGUUCGCAGGUUGGCGAAAGAUAGAGAGGGGUUCUUGAACAAGUUUACGGACGUUUUGGUGAAGAUGGGGAGCCUUGACGUGCUUGUGGGGAGUGAAGGAGAGAUUAGGACAAAUUGUAGAGCUUUUAACAAUUAAUAAUUGAUUAUCUAUAUGCAUGAGAGUACUAUAAUUAAUACUUUUAUAUGCAUAUGGAGUACGUACG